UAAAAGUUAAACCUAAUCUAGCCUAGCCUAUUACCCAAAAUAAACAUUCAACUACUUACUCUAGGCGGGUUGUCUUAUGUAUACAUCAAAUAGAUAACAUCCUGUGACUUUAAAAAAUGCACUAAAUUUCACUCUUUUGUUUUAAGGAAUAAGCGACAGACGCUAGGCACGAGCCCGGUAUGAGUCCCUUUUAAGUACGAGUCCCUUUUAAAGGUGUGCAAAGCAUUGGUUAACUAGAACCUAAUGCAUACAUGUUUUCUGCUAGAAAACUUAAGCGUAAAACAAGUGGAGUAUCGUAAAGUGAAGAAAACUGAAGACCAGCUACACCCAAACUAUGAUCCCUCAAGAAAUAAUGCAGCCCUGGUGGAUUCUUUCAUUAAGAAUCGGAGCUUUUGGUUUUCUCAAAGAAUUUCGCCCGGAAGAUCCUUACAUCACUCAGUACUUGGUUGGACCAAUUAUGAACCUGACUGAAGAUGAGGUGAACCAGAAAGUGUAUCCAAUUGCAACGUAUGUUGGCCUCGUCCAAAUCAUUUUUGUAUUCCUGCUGACAGAUUAUCUUUGCUACAAGCCUAUCAUUGUACUCAACGCUCUCUGUGGGGUAAUAUCUCAAGGAAUCCUUAUAUGGGGCAGAGGACUAACUGCUGUGCAAGUGAUGGAGUUUUUCUACGCUACUAUGACUGCGUGCGAAGUGGCGUAUUACACAUACAUUUAUGCCAAGGUAGAUAAAGAGCAUUACCAGAAAGUGACAAGCCACAUGAGAGCAGCUGCGCUGACUGGAAGGUUUACGUCUGCAGUUACGUCACAGACAGUCCUGUCCCUUGGGCUCCUCACUGUUGCUGACCUCAACCAUCUCACCUUCGGAGGUAUGUGCUGUGCGUUAGUGUGUGCCCUCACUCUACCAUCCAUGAGCCACAGUCUUUACUUUCACAGAAAAGCUCCCAAACCCAUCAACAGGGAUGACAGUCUUUCAGAACAAACAAACAGCUCUGCAACUCCCCAUGAAUCUUCUCGGUUGAACCUAAAUCACAGCAAAUACUCUCUUGAGCAAGAUGAGGACAAAGAUGACUCUGUCCAUACCAAGACAGCAACUACUUCUCAGAUAGAUGUUCCUUCCAGUGAUUCAGAAACCCAAGACACUCCAAGAGAAUCAAACUGCCAUAAAGUUGCCUCUUUACUGUGGAAGGAUUUGAAAGAUGCGUACACUAACCUGUAUGUCCUCAAGUUUUGUAUCUGGGUGGCGCUAGCGACAUGUGGUUACAAUCAGAUGAUGACAUAUGUUCAAAUUCUUUGGGUUAAAAUUGGAGGAAAACAACAAGUUGCUUACAAUGGGGCAGUGGAAGCGGUUUACACGAUUAUUAGUGCUGUGUCAACUCUAGCAUUUGGUCAGCUGAAUGCCAACUGGUCCAAAUAUGGAGAGGCCUUUCUUGGCCUGUUGACUAUACUGCAAGGAGUGGUUCUGGCGAUCAGUGCAAAUACUGACUCUAUGUUUGUGGCAUAUACUGCUUAUAUCAUAUUCGGGAUGCUCUACAACAUAAUGCUAGUUAUGACUAAGUAAGUAUGAGUAGAUAUUAAGAUUUCUAACCCGGAACUACACAUUACUUCAGGCUAGUCCUAGUGGGUUGCGGCAUUAUCACAUGGAUAAAAUCCAUUGGUGAACGGCGGAGGACCUCGGAUACCGAAA